UUUCCACACGUCAAAUGGUAUCUCUCCUGUCCGGAGCGUACCUCACGUUAUAGGUAUAUAUAGUAGUAUUCAAAGUGGGAUGGAUAGGUACUAACGUAACCGUAUGAUGCUUGGAUCGGCGCAGCGUAGCAUACAUAAAUACAUGGCUGGAGUUAAUUUGGGGCGAUUGAUGCAACUUUCGAUGCCGGCUGAAGCGUACCUUAGCUGCUUGGGUAGGCUCUUAGGGAGGCUUAACCACGGACUUUGUAUCGUCGUUACGGAAAACGCGACAUGUCGUGAUCCGCCAAGUGACCUAAACUUGCCUGUCUUACCAUUUAUAGGAAUAUACGGUAGGGAUCAUCUGCCAGGGGGGCACGUUCUACUUGUUUUUGGCUACGGAUUACCCGCCUAUACAUUAGGUACAUAUACGAAAGGUUCUAUUAGCUAUUCUAUUAGGUAGGCAGCUACCUAUAAAACCGGGCAUUCCCACGUCCUCCCCUUCGCUUUGGUAGAGAGGAGAGGUUAUUCCUAUAAGUUUCUUGCGGUUCGGUAGGCCAGGUUCCAAGGAGUUCAAGGCGUCAACUAUUAGCCCAUUAGCGAUAUCAAGUAGCCAUGAAGAAUAUACUUGCUUUAAGCGCUCUGCCGCUGCUCUCGCUUGCUGGAGCUACGUCUCUUAAGCCUCGCGACGGCCCGACUUACGAUGCUAUUAUCAUAGGAGGUGGUCCGUCAGGCCUCAGCGCCUUGAGCGGUCUCGCUCGAGUACGCAGAAACGUCCUGUUAAUCGACUCGGGAGAGUAUCGCAACGGACCGACGAGACACAUGCACGACGUCAUCGGCUUCGACGGAGUCACACCGGCGUACUACCGCUGGGCAGCUCGCCAGCAGCUCGCUCAUUAUGACACCGUAUCGGCUGUCAACGGGACCGUCACCAACAUCGAGCCGCUGAACAACAACACAGAGUUCAGCGUCGCAACGACUUUCCUCAACGGCACCGACGGCACCGUGAGCGCCAAGAAAAUCAUCCUCGCCACCGGGCUUCACGACCUGAUACCCGAUACCCCGGGUCUACUAGAGAACUGGGGCAAGGGUAUCUUCUGGUGCCCGUGGUGCGACGGACACGAGCACGCAGACCAGUCCCUCGGCCUCCUGGGCCCGCUGGAAGACGCCGCGGGCCUAGUACGCGAGAUCUCGACGCUAAACUCGGACAUCAUCGCCUUCGUGAACGGCACCGACACCCCGGACGCGCGCGCCGCCGCCGAGAAGAGCUUCCCGAACUGGCAGAAGUACCUGCAGAUCCACAACGUCACGGUCGAGAACCGCACCAUCGCACGCAUCAACCGCCUCCGCGACGGCGGCGACCCGCCCGCGGACCCCAGCCUGCCGACCGCCCCCGAGUACGACCUGUUCAGCGUCGACUUCACCGAGGGCGAACCCGUCGAGCGCGCCGCCUUCUUCACCAGCUUCCCCGACGAGCAGCGCUCCGACGUCGGCGAGAAGCUCGGCGUUGCGCUGUACGGCGGCCGCCUGUCCGCCGACAACGCCAAGGGCCUGGCCACGAACAUCCCCGGCGUAUACGCCAUCGGCGACGCCAACUCGGAUAACGUGACGAAUGUGCCGCACGCGCUGUUCACCGGGAAGCGAACUGCCGUCUACCUACACGUGCAACUUGCCCGCGAGGAGGCCGACAAGGAACUAGCAGGAAACGGAACCGCGGUGGCUCGUCGCGAGGAAGAGCUCAACCUGCGGUCCGUCUGGGAACAGAUGAACCCCCGCGAUCUUCUUUACGCUGGAGAGUUCGACCAGUAAUCAAAUACCUAAUGUUGUAAUGCCAUUUAGAGUGCGUAUAUUUGUGAUCUAUCUUGGGAAGAGAAAAGGAAGCAUACGGGGUGAGCAUUAUGUACAAGAGGAUAUGAUACCAUUAUAUAUAAUAUAAUAUAUAACAACUUGCAAUCUUGA